AUGAAGUUCACAGCAAUCUCAACUUUUCUUCUUGUGGGUCUUGCAUUUUCAGACAGCGCAUUAGGCUAUGCAUCUCGUCAUGUACAUCGUCGUGCAUUAGGACCACAUGCGAGUAACAUUGCUCCAUCUCCAAAAAUUGUCAACUUGAACAAUGCCCCAGUACCCACCCCUCUCGCACUUCUCCCACGCCAGAACAACACCAACAAUGGCGCCACCGCACCCAACAUUAACGCACAAUUAACCUUGACUGCCGUUCCCGCCAACACAACCACGGUUUUAGUCUCCUCAACUUCAACAGGUCCCGCACCGACCGGAACUGCAGCGGCCGUGGGAGGUAUUCAACCUCCAAAUGUCGAAACGACAACUGAUCCAGAUCGACCAUUUUCUGUGAAUGGAAACACCUUUACGGAUAUUGAGGAUGCUGUUGAUAGGUCAUGUGCAAUUCAGCAUAAUGCUUGCGCGGAUGCGAUUAAUAAUGGGGAGUUGUCAGAUGUGGAAAUUAGUGAUUGCGAUAAUCAGCUUUCAAAAUGUGUUGCGGCUGGUUAA